AUGGCAGUGGAACGUAAUAAGAAUUCUCAGAGAAGAAGACUGUUUGACCACAGCCACGGUUCACUCGCCUCUGUUGAUUUCUAUAGUGAGGGCGGAUGUACGCGUCAACCUCGGUACUACCACGGAAAACCUUGCGAGGUCGACUGUAGAAAGCUGGAGGUGGUGAACGCGUCCAGCCAACAAGACGGGACUCAAGGUUCUGCUCGGGUGUUGUUCGCUGGCACCGUUAACUUCCCCAGAGUCCCCUUCGCCGCCUUCGUCACCCUAAAGCCAAGUUUGACGACUGUUGGAUCAAAGAUGCUCACUACAGACGGAGACGCCGACGAAGGAGAGAACCUUUAGUUGCAUUACUGUCUAGACGUAGUGUGUGCAUGUGUA